UCUUUUUCAAAGUAAACUAGAGAUACGAAAUCACCUUUCAAUGUAGUUUCAUAUCCAAUAAUUAAAGUACCGGCUCGGAAUUAAAAAAAAUAAAUAAAAAAUAAAGUGUCAGUUAAAUAUUCUUAAAUUCGUUGAAUUCCCCCACAUUCAACAUCACAAGUUAUAUAAAUUACCAGUGGCUUGGUGUGUCGUGAUAACAAACAUUGUCAUUGUAGUGGUUGUGAAAGUGCUGUCAAGACACCAAAAGUCGUCUUGGCAAGGCAGUCGGUCAAAUUGGCCCAAGAGACGAAAAGAGAUAAGCCAUGGGUGGGAAUCCCAUUGUUUUCCUCGACAUAGCCCACGAGGGCGAGAAGCUGGGCCGAGUGGUGAUCGAACUGUUCAAGGACCGCGUCCCCAGGACGGCCGAAAACUUUCGGGCCUUGUGCACCGGCGAAAAGGGAAUCGGCCGAUUCGGCAAACCCUUGCACUUCAAGGGCUGCUUCAUCCACCGCAUCAUCCCCAGCGUGAUGAUGGUGGGCGGGGACAUCGUGAACUUGGAUGGCUCGGGUGGCGAGAGCAUUUACGGGGAGUACUUCGAGGACGAGGACUUGAGCGCGAGCCACGACGCAAAGGGCCUCCUCAGUAUGGUCAACGCCGGCAGACCCAACACCAACAGCUCCCAAUUCAUCGUGACGAUGGACACCUGCUCCCAACUGAACAACAAAAACGUUGUGUUUGGUACUGUUCGCAAGGGCCUCGGUGUCAUGGAAGAUUUGAACCACGUACGUACGAAUGAGGAGGAAAGGCACAAAGUGCUCGAAAAAGUCAACAUCGUCGAUUGCGGGGAGUUGACUGGUUGCAGCGAGUGGGGUAUCGAGGACAAAGACGGCGAGGACGUUUAUUGUCCCUAUCCGGAGGAUUGGGAUCUCAUUGUUCCGGAGAACAAGCUCACCCGUGAGGAAUUAAUCGACAUAAUCAACAAAGUCAAGGCUAUGGGCAAUAGUUACUUUUCGAGGGACCAGCUUAAUACGGCCGAAAAAAAAUACAAAAAAGCCUUGAGGUAUUACGCGUGUUUGUCGAAAUUGCAAGGUGUUGGCCAGGAUGAUCCAAGUGUCAAAAAACUCGAGCAAUCCAUUUUACUCAACAUAGCGAAUGUUAAACUGCGUCGGUGCGAAUAUCGCGAUACUUUGAAUUUGUGCAAAAAAGUAUUGGAUGCGGAUGAAAAAAAUUGCAAAGCUUUGUUUCGAACUGGUCAAGCUUACGUGGGCUUGAACGAGUACAGCAAGGGACUUGAUUUUCUCGAGAAAGCUCUGGCGGAAAAUCCAAGUGAAAAAAGUAUCGUGGCGGAAAUAAAUGAUUUAAAAAAGAAAAUAAGAACAAACUAA